UGUAGGUAGGAGGGGGACGCGAGAUGUUCUGAGAUUCGGCUUUGAUUUCAGUUCCAGUUCCAAAGUCUCCCAUAUAUGAGGAUUGUGCUAUCAGCUGUCAUUCAGCUGUCGUUUAAGCUGUCUUUCUCUGUCUCUGUCGCGUGUCUUCAAUUCUCUUCAGUCUACGAAACGCUUCUAAAUUCAGUCUACAAUAAUCUCGAAUCUGCGUUUGUUUCUCUUGUAAAUUUCUAGCCAGUCACAGAACAGAACAGCGAAAAUAAAACACAACUGCUCCCUAUCUUAAAACAUGAGCGAGUCAGAGAGAGAACAGAAAUGAAGUAAAAGAAAAGAAUUACUACAACAACUGAACAGCUAACAGAAGAGAAAAGAAAGAAACAAAUCAAUCGAUCAAAAUAUCUUUCAUACAAAAUAUUAUAAUAUUUUAUAUUAAUAUAAAAAAUACAAUUUUAAAUUGUUCCCUCUUCAUACAAAAAAUAACAAAGCCCGGAAGAAAAAUUUGAAAUGAAAUAAAAUUGACGACAGUCAACAAGAAAAUUUCGGACGCCAAGAAAACAACCGAAUCUUUAUUAUUCCCGCUUCUCAGACCAUUUUAACUGUUUUUGUUCCCACUUUUCAUAUUUAUUACAGUCGCGGCAGAAAAAAGUGUUGUCCUGGAGUUAAUUUUUGAGAAAUUCUACUGUCUUAGAAGAGUAUUAACAGGGUAUUGUGGUACGAAAACGCAACUGAAGGCGGUACAAAACAGAAACAAUCAAUUUAUUUACCUGUUGAGUUUGACUUGAGUCAUUAUCAUUAUCUGAUUUUGCGACGACGCUCAGGAAAAAUUGUUCUAUUCUAUUUCCUGACUUUUGAUUAUCAAUCUAAUUGUUAUUACAGUUUUGAAUGCCAUCAAUGCAACAUUCUGUAUCCAACAUUACUGCAGUUUGUUACCUUACGUACAAUACAAUUAAUUAAAACACCUUGGGCGUAUUGAAAUUGCGUCAUUCAAGCUUGAUUGAAAAGUCUGAUUGAGCGUUUUCAAAUAAUUUGCUGAUCGGCAAGUUGGUUAAUUAAGCUAUCUAAAUUAACUCCAUCAAAUCAUUUGCCAUUAUUACCAUCUCUAUUCGUUUCUUUUUUUUUUUGCUGUUUGUUAAUUAACUGACAAUUUUCAUUAAAUCUGUACAAAAAAUUUCUCUCGUGGGGAAGUGUGUUCUACCCGGAAUCACGGAAACAACUGGAGGAAAAAUAAAAACUAUAACAGUGUUUACUUAUCCAGGAAACGCAGAACUAUGACACAUCAAUCAACACAAACAGGGUAUUCAACUGGACGAAACGAACCGAAGUCGAAAUAUUUACAGAGCCGAACUGAAAGCUGCUCCAUAAAAAUCUAAUUCGCUUAAACAAUCAGCCCCGAAAUUGACAUAAAUUGGACGUUCGGUCAAAGAAUAACUUGAAAUUUCCGAGAAAAGCUAGUGUUUGGAGUUCAAGACGGCAGCUCUACUGGAAACAUUUUAUAACCCGGCGCUCAAUUUUGAUUCGCAAUCAAUGACAAGUAGCGGGGGUUUAACUCACUUGAACAACAACACACAGUAUGCGCCGGCCUCAUUUGAUUAUAAUGACAGCAAAAUAAUGCAUAGUCUAUCCCACAGUCUACUGGGGGGCAAUUCUGCCAACAACCACCUCAUCGGUCCCCAACACCACUUGACGUCCCCCCUUAACGGGACCUCAAACAUGGGAGGUUAUGUCCAGCAACAGCCGCAGCAGAAUACGUCCCCACUUAAUAUGCCUUUACCCGGGACCACGCCUCAAAAUUAUAACUCAGUUAUGACUAGCGGCGGGUCUUUAAAUAACUCUGCCAACAUGAAGCAAGAGUUGUCGCCUCUUUCGAACAGCACCGCCAACAGUCUCUUAACAGCGGCACAACCGCAACAACUUAGCGGUGGCACCGAAGGCAGUCCUUCCUCAGGGGGAGCAGGUUCGAUCCCCCUUAACUCCGCUGCUCAUUUAUCAAGUGGCGCCGGGACAGGGGGAGGAAGGGCCAGUAAUCACAACACACCCGGGGGUGGGGGUGGGGACACGACAGUUGUCGCGGGGUCCAACACGCCUCUCACCACUGGCGGCUCUUCGUUGGGAGUCACAGACCAUCAGCAAUUCGAGAACGACAAAAAAGUCAUUUUCAACCAUCCUCUGUUCCCUUUGCUGCAGCUGCUAUUCGACAAGUGUGAGACGGCCACUAACAGUGCGGAGUGUGCGUCUUCUGCUUCAUUUGACCUUGACAUUGAGAACUUUAUCCACUUGCACGAGAGAGACAAGAAGCCAUUCUACUCAGACAAUGCAGAUGUCAACGACGUGAUGAUCCGGGCAAUUCAAGUGUUGCGCAUCCACCUUCUGGAGUUAGAAAAGGUCAAUGAACUGUGUAAGGACUUCUGCCAGAGGUACAUCGCCUGUCUCAAGAACAAGAUGCAGAGCGACACACUGUUGGGCUGUGGGGCCGCCGGCACUCCCGGAGGAGCUCUCUCCCCCACCUCACUACACCACCAGUAUCCCCUCUCCGACAGCCCCAACUCACAGCUGCAACUGAGCAAUUGUGGUCUGGGAGUUAAUGUAUCACACCACAAUGCCUUAUCCAACACCCCUUCAGGUGGACCCCACCUCUCCUCCGCCCAACUGCAGCAACAACAGGGGGGUGGGGGUCAGCAGCAGGGUCACCUAAGCACUGCCUCCUCCGCUGCUUCGGCUGCCGCCAUGCACGCCGCUCUCUACCCCCAACUCAGCAUGUUUCCCGGAAUGGCCGCCGCUGCUGCCGCCGCCUCCGCCGCAAACUUUCCAGGGUACCACUCACCCCAAGGUCACGCGCCCCCGCCAGGCACACCCCACUCGCACCCCCAUCCAGGGUCCAAUCUGCACAAUGGGGGUCCGGGCGGGAUGCUAUCAGGGUCCACCCCCAUAUCCCAAGUUGGACUCCAACAUCCUCACCAUCACGGGGUCAUGAAUGGGGGAGCACCUCCGGGAGUGUCGCCCCUACAUCCCCACCACCCCCAUCAUCACCUGUUGGGGGGCAUGGGGGGUGUGGGGAUGGGGGUUGGGGGUCACCAGGAGAUGAACCCGGACGGGUCGUUCAAGAAGACGAAACGGGGCGUGUUGCCGAAACACGCGACCCAGAUCAUGCGUCAGUGGCUUUUUCAACAUAUUGUACACCCAUAUCCGACGGAGGACGAAAAGCGACAGAUCGCAGUCCAGACUAACCUCACUCUCCUACAGGUCAACAACUGGUUUAUCAAUGCGAGGCGGCGUAUCUUGCAGCCCAUGUUGGAAGCAUCGAACCCAGAGAGUGUGAACAAAACGAAGAAAAACAAAAACAACAACAGACCUACAGCAGUCAACCGAUUCUGGCCGGACAACCUGGCCCAAGGCCAGAUCACCAACUCCUUCAAAGGCUCAGGCGGAGGGGGAGGGGAUGAUACUAGUCCACACUCUGACGACAAUGAGGGGGAGUCCCCACCCCCACCCAACCACAGUCACGGCCACAGAGGGGCAGAAGAGGGGGGCACUACGGGGUCAGGCAACAACAACAACAACCACCACCAUCUGAGUCCGAACAACAGAACGACCCUUGGACACGAGGGAAUAGUGAUGAACGGGACGAGAGAUAACAACUCUAUGAACAAUUUGCAAUUAUUAAACUCGCCUGGUGCUCUGUCCGACGACUGUAGCGACGAUCAGUCGAGUAACGAAGUCACCAUAACUCCCCCGCCCCCACCGGGAGGGGGGUUAGGAAACAGUCUCCUCUCAAAUGGGGGAGUGAGGGGCGGCGGAGGUCAUCCCCAUUCCACCUCGACAACAACAGGCGCCUCCCUCUCAGCUGGGGGGUCAUUCUUAACCAACGGGUACGACGCCUACUCGGCCGCCGCCUCAGUCGCAAAUAGCCAAUCACAAGCCGCCUCUCUAUUCGCUGCACAAACCUCUGCAAUCUGAUUGGCUCACAAAUUUCUCUCUGCAAUGCCAAUUACAAUUUUGACCAAUCACACGCAAUGAAGUUGAAUAAAUUACGAAUUGAAUUCCGGCCAAUCAGAAUUCGUCUAUUUUUUACUCUCGCGAUGCAACAUAAGGCCUCUCAUUGGCUGACAGGUUCAACCAAUCAGAAAGAGACUUGCAAAGCGGGACUAGAAUGGUGCAAGAAGCAGGGUAAAAAACAACAUGGAAAACAAAGCUUUCAAACCUGGUGGACUGAUUAGUAAAACAGCUCUCGUUAUAAACUGGUUAUAAGUUUUAAUGAAACAACAAGGGUCGUAUCAGUUUCCGCCGCCUUCAUUCAACUGUCGGGGUCGUCACGAGUCAUGAUCGAAAUGUACAGGGUAGAAAUAGUACAGUGUCCGAAAAACUAUCAACUCAAAACUAUUAAAUAGUAGUCAAUAUUUUGUUGCUCAUCUUUAAGUGUCUGUUCGUUACUCAACCCCCCCCCCCCUCCCGUCCAUUACCCCACAAUCCAUUCCCCCAGCCUAUCCUUAUCCUUACUACACUACAAACCCCCCCCCCCCCCCCUGAACCACUAAUAAACUUAAUAUAGUUGCAAAUAUAGCUCCAGUUUUCUCUUACUGAUAUCUUUCUAGUUUAGUCUGCAAUGUUUAACUCCCGGUUCCAGUUUUGUAGCAGAUUUAUUUUUCUCCGCUCGAUUCAGUUUGGUUUGUGCUACUAUUACAUGUUGUAUUAUGGUAUCAAAUUUUCCUCCUGUCAAAAGUUGCCCUAGUUUUAGUCAAUAACUACAAGUUACUCUUUCCUCGUUCCCUAAAUAGAUAUUUGAAAUACGAUAGAUUGUUUGAAAUAAACUCAUUUCAACGAAGUUCUAGGUUGCAUUUGGUUUGUUCUAUCUUGAUGUUUUACUUUCGUUCAACUGCCCAAAACCCGCAAAAGUUUCGAUUGAUUUUCGAAAUUUAAUUUAAAAAAUUCAAACAGCUUUGGUGUUUUGGGGUUUCUUUCUUUGAUGAUAUAUAAUAUACUAUAUGACAAUAAU